UCCAGGUGAAAUAUACGUAAUAUUACAAUUAAGUUGAUAUGAAACUAUACGAAUAGUAACUAAAAUAGUUCAUUUGUAGUAACAGGUCUCCAUGUUUGCAGUUUUUUUGAGCUUUGCAAACGACAAAUGACAUCCUUGCUGGUCAAGAUUUCGUUUUAUACUGAUUGACAAUCAAAUAUUUAUUUCACUUUCUUUCUUAGAAACACUUUUCAGUUGAAGAAGUAAGAAGUUCAUCGAAAUCUUCAGCAAUUGAACAUCUGUUAUAAUAAAAAAAAAAUUAUAUAUGAUUUAUUUAUGCCGAGAAAAAAUAUUCGUAACUACGAAGAUUUGACUCCAAAAUGUCAAGGUGAAAAAAUGAAAUUCAAGAAUUUCGAAAAGUGACUAAAGAAUAGGAAUAUUCUGUUUGAGUGAAAGUGCAAUCGAAAUGAACUACAUAGUGUUUUUGUGAAAUUUAUUUUGUUCUUUCAGAAUUAAAUAUUGAUAAAACCAUAAACAUAUGCGAGAUUUUUGUACAGGUGCAUAUUCAAAUUACGAAAUAGAGAAAAGUAUUUUUAAUAUUAUGGACCAUUCGAUGUAUAUGCGGUAUUCUCCCUCCAAUGGAGUACCGCAGGAAUCAAAAUUGGCAAAUUAUAUGACUUCUCACGCCGAUGAAUUGGCUUUGCGUCAAAGCUUCUCAUCCAAGCUUAAUUUAGGACCAUCAGGAACACCCAAAAAAAGUUUAGUUCAUAAUUCUGAAUUUAUUCCAAAGACUUCCAGUACAUCACCCUCGUCGAGUUUAUAUUUGUCGUAUGGCUCGAAUGAUAAUUCUCAUCUUAGUUUCUCAAGUGCAGUAGAGGACAUUGAACAUAUUUCUUCCCAUGUUACACCUGAAUCUUCUUCACCUCCCAAUCCAGUUAAUUCUUCAAUGGAUCUUUUGGAGAAAAGUGGCAGUAGCAUACCUUACCAAGAAAAUGUGGGAGGAACUACCUAUUUUUACCAUUCUGCUGACCCGCCACCAUUAGCAAAUGAUAGUAUUGUUAGUAAUGUUAUAAACUCCGAGUACAAAGUGUACCCAGGUACACCAAGUCAUGUAGAUACUCUCAAAAGGAAAGAAGACCACUCGUUUUUCGUAUCUGAGAACAUUAGGGCGGAAAUUCUUAGUCAAAAUAUGCUGACCUUGAUGUUGUCAGAUCCUCAAGUUACUGACCUUCCUCAAGAAAUCGACAGCUAUCAUGAGCUUUGUCCUUUAGAACCUAUUUCGAAUACUUCAGUUCACAAAGGUUACCAGACAUCAAUGUACAAAGCGACUCACACAAAAACUGGUGUACACUACUGCCUACGAAGGAUCCACGGUUUCCGUCUUCAACACACCAAAUCCAUGAUGUACGUCGACAUCUGGAAGAAACUGAUGCAUUCCAACAUCGUCCAGCUCAAAGAGGUCUUCACCACCAAGGCUUUCGGAGACAACUCCCUCAUCUUCGUCUACGACUUCCAUCCUGGCUCGGAAACCCUCCUGAACAAGCACUUCUCGACAGACCAGAACCACGAAUACUGCGAUCCCUUCCUAGUGGACAACUCCGCCCCAAGGCCCUACAGCCACCAGAAGAACGAACUACUCCGGUAUCAGGCCAACAACAAGCUUCCGGAGCCGCUCAUCUGGAACUACAUAAUACAGCUCACCUCCGCUUUGAGGGUCAUCCAUUCCAACAAUUUGGCUUGCAGAAGUCUUGAUCCCACCAAGAUCAUCCUGACCUCGAAGAACCGACUGAGGCUGAGCUGUCUGGGGGUGAUGGAUGUGAUCUGCUUCGAUCCCAAUAGCAUCAACCAGCUGGUGCUGAUGCAGCAUUAUCAGCAAGAGGACCUGAUGGCAUUGGGCAAGUUGGUGUUGGCUUUGGCCUGCAAGUCGACGACGGCUGUUCAGAGGGAGAACAUAUCGAUGGCCUUGGACAUUGUAGGAAGGUCCUACACCCCGGACUUGAGGAACCUCAUAAUGUACCUGCUGUCCUCUCAACCGCCCAGGAGAAGCGUUACUGAUUUGAUGCCAAUGAUUGGAGCCAGGUUCUACACACAGUUGGAUAACCUCCAGAACAACAUGGAAGUUUUGCAGAACGAGCUAUCCAAAGAGAUAGAAAACGGCCGACUGUUCAGAUUGUUGAGCAAGUUGUCCACGAUAAACGAAAGACCCGAGCUGAACCUGGAUGCAGCUUGGUCUGAAACUGGGGACAGGUACAUGCUCAAACUGUUCAGAGACUAUGUAUUCCAUCAAGUGACUGAGGAAGGUCGACCUUGGAUUGACAUGGCCCACAUCGUACAGUGUCUGAACAAACUGGACGCCGGUGUUCCCGAAAAGGUAUGUCUGAUGUCCAGAGACGAACAGAGCAUACUGGUAGUCUCGUACUCAGAACUGAAACGGUGCCUGGACCAGUCGUUUGAAGAAAUCGCGAACGCAGCCCUGAUCGAUGACUGUGCUGAGAACAAGAUGUAGGACGAGGAAAUCGAUUGCUGAGAAUCAUUCCUGCCGAAUGUCUGAAUUGAGUUUGAUGAAAGCGUGAUACUUAAAUUAUUGCAACAAUAAUUAUUUUUCUUCGACGGAAGAGGACAAAUUCUAACAAUGUAAGAUGUACAUUUCCAAGAAUCCAUGAUACUCAUAUGGGGAAGCUCAAUUUUCUCAUUCAAAUCCGGCGGUGCUCAGUACGUUGUCAAUAAAAAUAGUAUUUUUAAGUACGUUGCGCAAAAGAGAGGUUGUAUUUUUUUGUAUGGUUAGUGCUCCCAAUUUUGAUUCUAUAUUCGAUUUCUAUUAAUUUUAGGUCGGCGAAUAUUAUUCGAUGGAUAAUUUCCCAGUGAUUGAUUUAUUUGGAUCUUGAAACUUUUAUUUUAUCAUUAUUUACUGUGAAUUGGAGUCUUUCAAAUAAAUAUAUGUAUAUUUUACA